GAUAUAUUCAAAAUUUAAAAUGUCAACUCUCUCCCAAUAAUAAUAAUCCACAUCCAAAUUUAAAUUCAAAAGAGAAUCAUCUAUUAAUCAUCACAUUGUCACCUAAAAAUUCUCAUUCCAUUCACAGAAUUAACAAAGAGAGUACUCCAUAGAACCAAGAAAGCAGAAAUGGAAGGAGAAUUGAAGAAUCUGAUAAAUUUAUGGGUCAUUUCAAUACUUUGUUUAUGCUACUGCUACUACAUAGCAUCCAAAUUACCAAAAGGCCCCUUCAGGUUUUUUUCUCUCCUCCCUGUAUUCUACCUCUUCAUCAUCCUCCCUUUAAAUCUCACAACCUUCCACUUUGGUGCCACGUCAGCUUUCUUCUUCAUCUGGCUUGCUAACUUCAAACUCCUCCUCUUCUCCUUUAAUCAACCGCCGUUUUCUCCGAUUCCGGCGAGUUUUUUCCAUUUCAUUUCGUUGAUUUUUCUUCCUGUUAAACCAAAAAAUAAUCAAUUUCAUAAUCCAAAUUUAAUUUUAUUUUCGGUUAAAAUAUUAAUUGUGGCUAUUUUAUUUCAUUUAUAUAGCUAUAAACAGUUUUUGCAUCGUUACUUAAUCUUAGCUUGUUAUUGCUUGCAUUUAUAUUUGGAACUUGAAAUUAUUUUAGCCGUUUCUGCAAUCCCGGCUCGAGCCGUAUUUGGAUUCGACCUCGAGCCGCAGUUUAAUGAGCCGUAUCUAGCUACUUCUUUACAAGACUUCUGGGGCCGGCGAUGGAACCUUAUGGUCACCGGUAUCCUCCGUCCGACUAUUUAUUUCCCGAUACGACGGUUUUUUAUGCGUUUUAUUGGCUCCACGUGGGCUUUCAUUCCGGCUUUUAUUGCUACAUUUGUCGUGUCGGGUUUGAUGCAUGAGGUUAUUUAUUUUUAUAUCACGCGCGUGAGUCCCACUUGGGAGGUGACGUGGUUUUUUAUCCUACAUGGAAUCUGCGUGGCUGUCGAGGUGGCGGUGAAGAAGAUGGUUAGUGACAGGUGGCGUUUACGUGGUUCGGUUUCGCGGGCGUUGACUUUGAGUUUUCUGGCGGUGACUGGUGUUUGGUUAUUUUUUCCUCAGUUGAUUAGAAAUAAAAUAGAUGAUAAAGUUAUAGGAGAGUAUUUAUUUUUUGUUGAUUUAGUGAAGCAGACAUCAAUAGGUUAUGUUUCUAUUUUUUUUUAAGAUAUGAUGAUAAUAGUGGAUAGUUCAUUUAUUGAGUUUGUUGAGCUUAUUAGGGCGCGCAUUGGUCGAUUCAAUUCAAUUUCGUUUCGUAAAAUUUAAAAUCGAUCAUUUUGGUUCGAUUCCAUGACACUGUAAUUGAUUAAGCAAUGGUGUAAUCCAUAAAUUUAAACAGUUGUAAUAAUUUAAAAAUAAAUAUUUUAUUUUAGCUAA